AAAGGGCGCGCGCUGGUUCCACCUCCCCGUCCGGAGGCGGGGCCCCGCCGCGCGGCCUCCCGCCCACUCACGCCAACUUCGGGGCUGCCCUGGAGCAGCGGCUCGCCCGCCUCCUCCUCGCCCCGGCCCGGCUGCAGGGCGGCCUCCGGCAGCCCUGCCCAGCCUCAGCCCGCCGCGCGUUUUCAGCUCUCGCACAGCCUCCGGCGGCCAACGGUCGGCGGCUCGGCGCCGGGACUCCGCCUCCCGGCGCGCGCGCGCCUGCGCAGUCAGGGAGGGACGCCCCAGCCGGGAUGGCGGCCGUUUUGGAGGCGCUGCUGCGAGAGGAGGUGACGGCGACGGCCACCGUGCGGUGGCUAGCGCGCGGAGCCCGAGGCGCGGAGGACGCUCCCGGGGAGGCGGCCGCCCUGGCGCCCCUCGAGCCGCUGCGGAAGGAAUUCGUGCCCUUCUUGCUGAACUUCCUGCGCGAGCAGAGCAGCCGCGCCCUCCCCCAGGGCCCCCCGACCCCGGCCAAAACUCCUAGGGCCUCGGCGGGGCGGCCGGGGGGCCCCGGCGCGGCGCGGGGAAGCGGCCGCGGGGUGCGAAGCCAGCUCUUCCCGGCCUCGGCCGAGCCCCCGCCGGCCUCCUUCGGGGAGCCCCCGCUGGCCCGCCGAGGAGGGGGCGGGAGAAGGAAGGGGCCCGUCCGGGAGAGGGGGGGCCGCGGCGCGGGGGGGCCUGAGGAGGCGGGGGGCGGAGACAGCCCGCCCUGGGGAGGGGGCUGGAAGCCCAGGGGCUCGGGCAGCCCCAGCCUCCCUCCUGCCGAAUCCCUGAAUCUCAGCAACCUGGAGGAGUUCCCCCCCGUGGGCUCCGUGCCUUCCGGCCCCGCCGGCAGGAUGAAACCUUCCCGGAGGAUCAAUCCAACGAGGGUGAGCACAGAGCGAUCUCUCUCCAAGCCCAAGACCUGCUUCACCUCACCCCCAAUCAGCCAGGCCCCGAGUUCCCAUCCCUCUGCCUUGGACAAUAGUCCUUGGGGCCUUGACCUUCCCCUAGGGUGCAGCAGUCUACAGGAGGAGCGGGAGAUGCUUAGGAAGGAGCGAUUCAAGCUGCUGCAUCAGCCACCUACCCCAACCAGUUCUGCCCUAGAAUCUAGUCUUCCUGUUCCCAGUCGAACAGGGAGCCUUACACCAGAACCUGCAGACCCUGGCAAGGUUUCCUGUCAGCAGAGGUUGGAGUUAGUAGCCAUUGUCUAUUCAUCCUGUAUCACUGAAAAUCUGGUCCCAAGUCUCUUCUUGGAGCUGUUUUUUGUUCUUCAACUGCUUACUGUCCGACGAAUGAUUGGUGUUGAAGAUGACCUGGAACUCAACCCUGGGGGUCCCCUCAAGAGGCCACUAUUCCAGAAUAUCCAUGACUGUGUGUUUUUUGCAGUACAGGUUUUGGAGCAUCAGUUCCAGGUUCUCUCCCACCUGGACAAAGGGACAUUGAAGCUGCUAGCUGAGAAUGAGCGCCUGCUUUGCUUCUCUCCUACUUUGCAGGGCCGGCUCCGGGAUGCCUACGAAGGCAGUACUGCUAAGGUCUCUCUGCUGCUAUCACCCCCUGCCCAAGCUGUCUCCUUUCAACCAGAAACAGACAACCGUGCAAACUUCUCUAGUGACCGGGCCUUUCAUACUUUCAAGAAACAGAGGGAUGUAUUUUAUGAGGUACUCCGGGAAUGGGAAGACCGGCAUGAAGAGCCUGGCUGGGAUUUUGAGAAAGGCUUAGGCAAUAGGAUCAGAUCCAUGAUGAGUCAACUUUCUGCAGCCUCCAGUCACAGCCAUUUUGUUCGACUUUUUCAGAAACAGCUUCUUCAGAUGUGUCAGAGCCCUUCGGGUGCUGGAGGAAUGGCUUUGGGUGAAGCCCCUGACCCAGAUGUAUUAAGCAUGCUAGGAGCUGACAAGCUGGGGCGGCUUCGUCGUCUGCAGGAGCGACUGGUGGCUCCUCAGAGUAGUAGUGGACCCUGUCCACCACCUAGCUUUCCUGGCUGGCAAGGCUUUUUCCGUGACUUCAUCUUAAGUGCCAGCAGUUUUCAAUUUAACCAGCACCUUAUGGACAGUCUGAGUUUGAAGAUCCGAGAACUAAAUGAUCUUGCCCUACCUCAGCAUGAACCCAGUGAUGAGGAUGGGGAGUCUGAUGUGGACCGGCAGGAUGAAAGAAGGCAGUUUGCCUCAGUGUUAUUGAGUCUUCGUCUUCUGGCCAAGUUCCUGGGCUUUGUGGCAUUUCUUCCUUAUCGGAGCCCUGAGCCACCCCCAACUCGUGAGCUACAAGACUCGGCCCUUGCCCUUAGGAACCAGGUGCCUCCUGUGCUGGAUGUGCUAACUUUGCUGCAGCAGGGUUUACAGAACCACCAGGCUGUGCUCACCAUACCCUGGUUGGUGGAGUUCCUCUCCUUUGUUGACCACAUUGCUCCGUUACUGGACUAUUACCAGAGUGUCUUUUCUCUCCUGCUUCAAUUAUACCGGGGCCUGAUCCUAUCAGAAGAGAGUAAAAGAAGAAUGUGUUUUUUGAACAAACUGCUACUCCUUGCUGUGCUGGGAUGGCUUUUCCAGAUUCCUACACUUCCAGAAGACUUGUUCUUUUUAGCAGAAGGUCAGUCAGAUACCAUGGAAGGAGCUACAGUGGCUUUGGUGCAAGGUCUGGACAUGAUGCCUGUUGUAGAUCAGCAACUUCUCUACACUUGCUGCCCCUUCAUUGGAGAACUUCGGAAGCUGCUUGCCUCUUGGGUAUCUGGUAGCAGUGGACGGAGCGGGGGCUUUGUUAGGAAAAUUACCCCAACCUCAACUACUGCCCUAGGACCUCAGACCCCCAGAACAUCCCAAGGACUUCAGGCAGAGUUAGCCCAAGCCUUCUUCCACAACCAACCGCCUUCUCUUCGAAGGACUGUGGAAUUUGUUGCAGAAAGAAUUGGAUCCAAUUGCAUCAAACACAUUAAGGCAACGUUCGUGGCAGACCUAGUACGGCAAGCAGAAUCACGUUUGCAAGAGCAACUUGGGGAGCAGGAACAGGAAGGGGGACCCCCAGUCCAGCUUUUGGAGGCACUGUGUGAACAGAUCUGCCCAGAAGGGACACGAGCAUUGACCCAAGGGCGAGAAUUUUGCAAAAAGAAGGGCCCUGAAGCUGUGCGGGUGCUGCUGCCAGAGGAGACUUCCCCAGCCGUCCUGAGGAGUGCAGAGGAUAUUGCUGUAGGGCUUGCAAUGGAGAAGGCCUGUGCUUGGUUAUCAGCCAACAUCACAGCUCUGAUCCGGAGGGAGGUGAAAGCCGCCAUGAGCAGAACAUUUCGAGCCCAGGGUCCCGAUGUAACUGCCCAGGGGGAGAGGAGGGGCUGCUCCCGUGCCUGUGAGCACCAUGCUCCCCUCCCCUCCCACCUCAUCUCCGAGAUCAAAGAUGUGCUUGCCCUCACUGUGGGGCCCCGGGAUCCUGAGGAAGGGAUUACCCCCGAACAGCUGGAGAGCCUUCUGAGGCAGUUGAGGGAGACCCUUCAGUGCCGGCAGUUCCUUUGCCCAAUCUCUGAGCAGCAGCUUGCAAAGUGCUCUGUGGAAUUGGCCUCUUUUCUUGUUGCUGAUCGAGUCCCAACUCUGGGGCCCCCAGCCCCACACAGGUUGGAAAAGGGGGAAGCCCGAGAGCUUCUGCAGAUGCUCCUUUCCCUCUGGCAUGAAGACUUCCAGGUACCUGUUCCACUGCAGCUGCUGCUCAGUCCAAGAAGUGUGGGGCUUCUGGCGGAUACACGGCCGAGAGAGUGGGACCUGCUACUAUUCUUGCUUCGGGGAUUGGUGGAUCGAGGUCUGAUGGGAAGGGUGGAGAUAGAAAGCUGCCUGAGGAGUCUCCACCAGGCUACCUGGCCUGAGGACUUCUCCGAGGAGCUAGCAACACUGUCUUGCCUAUUUCUGGCUGAGCCACAGGUACCAGGACCCCGCUUAAGAGCUUGUGAGUUGAUGAGACCACCCCGUGGGACUGUAUUGGCCCAGAGUUAAGGCCAGUAAAUGAAGUCCUGCCUCUGAGCUCAUGAUCGAAAUUAACCUCAGUGAAGGAUGGCUUUGUCCUGUACGGAGUUGUGCAUCCAGUGAUCCUUACCAGAAGAUGGAGAGCAAGAGCAUCCUGAGCCACUUUAAUCAGACAGACCCAGUGGGCCGAGAUGAGGAAAGUUCAAGAAAUUUCCUACCCAGAGCUCUGGAGAAAACAGUCUUAUCUUCAGGACAAAGGUGACAAGAGAUCUGGGGGACCUCCCUCCACCAGGGAAAGAGAGGGAGAUUUUAUCACUUGGACUCUUCAAUGACGUGAUGCACCAAUGGAUAUUGUCAGAGAGAGUGAGUGUGAAUUUGAGAGGGCCAACCUGCUACUUUCUCAGAAGCUUCGUUGGACUUUGGUUUUAAAAAAGCAGGAGUCUAACUCCCUGCUCCUAUAUGUCUGUAGGAGAAAGAUUUAAAAAUGUAGAGCUUUGGGAGGUUCCAAUUUCCUCAGCUCUGUGCCCAGAUAAUUUUUCCCCCUUAAAAUGCAUCAUGGAUGCCAGCAACAGACCAUGUCAUUUGAGUAAAAUCCAUCUUUUACCAAUAUGCCCAGUUUCAGGAAAGCAAAGCUGGGACUAAUCUUAUUUAAAUGCUAUCUAUAUGAACCAGAAAAGGAAACCCAUGAUGGGAAGAGGAGGAGGAGGGAGUAGAUUUAAAAAAAAAUAAAAUAAAAUACCAUUUUGUCAAAGGACCUGCUGUUCUAGUAGUUCCUUUCAAAAAGUAAAGGGCUAACUAACAACAGCCACAUGGUGUUUAAAAGGAUGUUGGAUGUCCUUAUAGUCAGGAGUUUUGGGACAAAGAAAGUUAAGUUUCCUUCUUAAUUGUUGACAUUUAACUUGCCUCUGUCUUUUUAGUUGACUUGAGUGGCUAAAUCAAAGAGCCCAGUACUGGGAUACAGACAUUGCCCUCUACAGAAAAAAAGGCCAGGACAGUCUCAGCUUUAAUUUAGGGGUUUACACUUUUCAUUCAUUCACCAACAGCACUUGCAAGGUCGUCAUGGAGUCACACAGUUAGAUGAACUAUUAGUGAACCCCAAGGAUGAAGUUAUCACUGAGGAUUGCACAAGCAGUUCUCAAUAUAAAAUAUCCUUGUUGGAAUGAGAUAAAUGACCCUAAUGGGGGAUGCCAACAGUUUGGCAUCACUAUCUGAACUACAAUCAAAUCAGUAAAGUGAGGUCCAGGGGCCAAACCUAACCUUCCACCUGUAAUUUUUAGUAUAACAUAAAACCAUUCUUCUCUCACAGGUCAUGUGACUCCUGGUCUAUAUGUAACAGAGGGUUAGCCUUCGUAAUCUUAAAAACACACAGAACUUCCGUAUUUCUAAUGGUUCUGAUCAAAUGUGGCCAUUGGUCUAGUGGUAACAUAUUUGAAAAGGGAUGGGGGAUGGGGUGAUACAUAAAUAAGAAUUUUAAUAUCAAAACUGUUGAGAUUAUCUGCUUUAAAAAAGUUUAAAAACAGCUUUAAAAAAAAAAAAACUGCAUUCAAUAAUACAAAUAACUUAACCUGGAACUGUAGUAGAAAAGAGGAGAAAGUGUAGAAGUGAGGCAAGGGAGCCUAAAGCCUUAAAAAAAUAAAAUUUUGCUGUAUUGUACAGACCUUGCCUUUUAUCCACAAUUGUCCCAGUUCUGAUUGGUCCCAGUAUAAUACUCUGCUACCAAGAGCUAUUCAGUACUGAAUAAUGUCCUACUCACUGACCCUUCUAAAAAAUGAGAGGUAGCCUUGUAGGAAAGGGGGAAAACAGGGUAAGUGGCUGCUCUUCCCAUUCUACCUCAACUCGGCCCAGGAAAGUAGAUGAAGCCAGACUAAAAGUUGAAUUUGGGACAGCAGGGAGGUGGUGAGGUGAAGCCUCCACUUUUCCCAUUAAGUUCUCAGAUAUCUCCCUGGUUCCUCGUCAGGGCUCUUUCACUCUGCCUCCUCUAGGACCCCAUGCUGACUCUUAAUAAAAAAGCCCAUUGCUUUAAAGCAGGAUGAGCAUCGAUUUGGACAUCUAUUGGUGACAGGAAACCAGAAGGCUGUCAGGGAUGGCUGGAUUUUUUUUUUCUGCUUGGGGCACAAGUUCCUUCCCCUGGCACUGAUCCUAUUACCCAAAACAAACAGGCAGAACCUAGGAAACGGGCCACUCAUCUCCUAUGAAGAAAGGGAGGGGAGGAAGGUUGAAAGGAGAGGAACUAAUCUCUGGAUGGCUAA